AUGAUUCAUUUGGACUAUUAUUAUGAACGAGACAUACCUUACAGUCCGCAAGCGAACCAGGAGUUGAUUGCUGCUUUGGUAAAUAAAAACUACAUAAUUUAUAAUGGAACAGAUUUUGGUAUAAAAAAGAAAAACACACCGUUAAAAUGGGAUGACGCCGAGGCUGAUUGUGUUAAGGACAAAGGACAUCUUUAUAGGAUUAACUCUCUGUUUAAAAGAGAAAUCCUGGAACGUUAUCUAUCAGAUAUAACUUUUAGCUCCGGAGAAGAUUUCCAUGUUGGCUUAAAGAAAAUUAAUGGCACUUGGAUGUGGUUUGAUGGUGGAACGGAUGUAUUUUAUUUGCGGCCAGAAGGCCAAAAUGAAAAUUGUUCAAGAUAUUUUGACAAAAACAUAACUAGCACAAUGUGUGCUAAUACCAACGAAUAUCUUUGUGAAGUCUCAAUCUCUGUAUAA